UUGGUUCCUGUCUGCAAACACGUCACAAUCAUGAUUAGAAUUGAUGAUCGGACGUUCUGAUUUCAUUGUCUAGCAACGGGGACUGGUGAAGAAAUCUGCUGAAUUUGAACGUUCGCCUGAUUUUGACAUCAACACUGCCAAGUAACCCGAUGGUGUGUGAGGCACAACAUGAAAGGAUGAGUUCAGCCAAAGGUGUGCUAAUCUAGACACAUGGAGGUUUUGCUGUGAUCUGCAUAGCAACCCCCUUCCCCUCCUGUAGCAGAAUGGAUGCAUGGCCACAAAGGCGGGGCCUACAGACUAUGAACCUGCGGUCCGUGUUUACAACUGAACAGCAAAGGAUCCUGGAACGUUACUAUGACAAUGGGAUGACCAAUCAGAGCAAGGCUUGCUUCCAGCUAAUACUGCAGUGUGCCCAGGAGGCCAAACUGGACUUCAGUGUGGUUCGGACAUGGGUGGGCAACAAAAGACGAAAGCUUGCCUCCAAGGUCGAACAGAACGGGGGCAUGUCUCAUUCCUUAUCCAGUCAUGGACUCGCUGGGAGUCUACUCUCCAAUCACACAAUAGCCAGUGGUGCUCUGUCCAAUCAUAGCCUGGCUGCCAGGGCUCUGCUUCCAGCUGAAAUGGUCGUAGCGAGGAGCACCAUCCAGAAUCGUAUGCACCUUCUCCCUCCAUCCUCAUCCUUCCCUUCUUUCUCUUCAUCAUCUUCCUCUCCUUCCUCCUCUUCUUCCCUCGGCAGUGGGAGCAACAACAACAACAACAAUAAUGAUGUCAUACUGACGGGGAUCUACUCUCUCAAUUCCAUUCCCCGAUCUAGACCAAGACCAACAGCCCCCCCAUCACAUUCAGACUCUGAGCUUUCUGCACAUACGUCGUCUUCUUUGGUUAAUCAGGCCCCGCAGAGCAGGAGUAGCUCCACUUCUACAACUCAGACCUCCAAGUUAGUCUCACUGUCUCAGAACCUCACCUCCCUCACAUCUGCCUCAGGGCCUUUAGUCUACACUGCAGUCAGGAAGGGGUCUUUAUCCCUUGGGGAGGCAGGAGUCGUUGCAGGAGCUGGGGUUGUACCUCACAGCUGGACAAGGCAGUAUGGUACAGCACCAACUCGCCCUUGGUCUUCUUCCUCACAGUCCCAGUCUCAGCUUCAACCCAGACCUCACUCCAACCCACAACCUCAAACACCUGCCCCUCAGAAACCCAGAGUUUCCCUCCCGGUACCGAACUCUAGCUCCACCCCUGACCCCUCACCCCGCAUCCAGCAGGUCUUCACCUUGUCAGAAAGAGGGGAGGUGGACUUACGUAAGCAAAGUCAGACAUCUACACAGAAAGGCCAAGAGUGUCAGAGGCCAAUGCCCAUUCGUCUUGACCACAGUCAUAACUUCUCUAUCGCCAUGGAAACUGGAGAUGAAGAAGAUGAGUGGCAGAGAGAAGAGGAGUUGGCAAAUAUGGCCGCUCGGACACACAUUCACAGGGAGCAGACAUCAGCCAGUCCAACCAGGGCAGAGGUGUCAGUGGGAAGAGGAGGACAUACACCCCCGGUGGUCGGUCCCAGACCCGCACAGCUUCAAAGCAACACAACUCUUCAGGGCAGCUACUCCCUCACAGCACAGACCUCACUUUCAGGGGAACCCAGCUCACAGUCUUCAGUUGGUGUGUCCGCUGCCCCCUGGGUUAUCAGCAACUCCAGAAAGAGAACAAGGUUUGUGUUUCAGCUGCAGGAUCGGACCCAGUUCAGUGAUGGGGACCUCAUUCAACUGAAGCGCUACUGGGACCGAGGCAUGACCAGCCUUGGCUCAGUCUGCAGGGAAAAGAUCACUGCUGCAGCCAACCAGCUCAAUGUAGACACUGAAAUAGUCAAGACAUGGAUCAGUAACAGACGGAGGAAGUACCGUUUGAUGGGUAUUGAAAUCCCACCACCCAAAGGUGGGCCUGCUGUAUUCAACUCAUCCCCAGGAAAUGAAUCUCCAGUAGCCCUCAGCCCUGACGAGGAGCAGCUUAGAACGCCUGAACUUGGAGAAGACUUGAAUGAUGGGGGAUCUGUCUGUCUGUCUGAAGAUGGCACCAUUGACUCACAACAUCAAGACGGAGACGAUGGAAUAGAUCUGUCCACUGCUGCUCCUCUCACCAACAAUGUGAAGAUUGAAGUAAUUGAUGAGGAUGAAGAGGAUGACGAUCAUGAUGGUGAAUUAGUGGCUUCUGACCUUGAGCAAAUGCAGAACCUCCUGGAAUUUAAGCAAGAAGAGGUCCAGUUCUUAGAGAAUGAGCUAGAGAACCAAAAACAGAGAUACCUGGAGCUUGCAAACUUCACAAAGAGCCUGCUCAGCGCUGUGAGAAAUAAUGACCUGGAGAGACAGAAGGAACUCAUGGCAAGUCUACCUCAGCCUUCAGACCAGGACUGGGACAUGACUAUGGAGGAGGGAAUCCAGUCUGUUUCUGUAUCAGCAGACGCUUCACCAGACCACAACGGCUCCCUGUCAGCUGGUGCAAACAACACGGAACCUACACUAGCCCCAUCUUACGAAAAAGUCCCUCUAGUCGCUACAAGUGAAGACCAGGCAUCUACAGAAGAUACUGAGCCCUCUGCAUCAGAGGAGCAGCUACAGGAAGUGCUUUCAGAAAAGUGACUAUCGCCCAUAUAUCAGCUCACAUGGACUCAUGCAGAUAUUUCCACACUCCACACAGAAGCUGGUUUCACAAAAGACUGUUUAGUCUUGCAUCAUUUACACAAACACUCUGUUACACACAUGCUCUGCGCCCAGUGCCUGUGGAUUGAUGCUUCAGUAUGACUGUUGGGCUAACAAAUGCCUUUUUUACUGCAUAUCAUUCGCCUUGUUCUGGACAAGUCCAGAGAGAACAAUAAAUGACCUCUAACUUA